AUAGUUUGACACCAAAACACUAAUAUGAUAAAGUAUUAAUUUAAAAAAUGACAAAAAAUUGAUGGCGAUCAUGACAAGUAAUCAAAAUGGGUGAUGAGUUGAAGAUAAGCAACAUCACGAGUGUCUUUCAGAAAGCUUAAUCUAAAUAAGCUUGUACCCCGUGACUACAUGUGAUUGAUGAAACAAAAUGUUUUUAAUUAAAUUUUCCUAAUUUUUCUUUAUAUUAGUAGACAUGAUUCCUUUUUAAUGCCGAAUAUCUGCAUGCAUGUGUGCGCAUAUAGGUUGUAUAGUGUGUCAUACUAUAGUGAUUUUUAAAAGGCUAGAAUAAGAAAGACAUAUAUUAAAAGUGCUUCAAGAGUAGUGAUGAAAGUGUAUGAAAACUUGUUUAACUUUUUAAUAGUUUAAAUUUGAAUUUUUCCAAUACAAAUUUACCAACAUUCACAAUCAAUUCAUUGUCGGUUGUUCACGAAUAGAGUAAUUUAUUUUGUUGAUAACAUAUUUUCAGAAGUUGGAUCUUUGAAACUUUAGGUGCUUACUAGCUCCUCACAUAUAGAGAAAUACUAAUAAUUUCAUUCAUGAUAUUUACUCACAUUUUUUUAAUAAUUUCUAUUUAGAAAAUUACGCGAAGAAUAUAAUUCUUUUAAUCUUUAAAUGAAUGUCUCACAUUUAAAAGGAAACCCAACUCAAUAGCUAAAUUUAAAUUAUUAUUUUGGGUGUUUCCUCUUUUAUCCAAUUAAUUGUUCAUGCUUCUGUAUUUUAAUAGGCUCUAUCAUGGUCCAAAUAAAAAUACAGUAGGAUAGUGCAAUUGAUCAGAUUUGUUUUUCUUUCUUCGAUGAAGCUCUUUGAAAGAGAUCGAAUUAAAUAACAAAUAUCUACAAAUUACAAAUCCAAACGGAUAUUCCUAUUCGUACAAAUUUUUAAUAUAAAAAAAGCUUAAAAAGUUAAUCCUUAGUACUAUUCUUGCUAUGCUGUCAUGUCAGCUGGUACUUGUCAAGUGUCAUUAAAGACAGAUCUUCAGAAUCUCAUACUUAAUCAGGCACUUAUUUUUCCCCAAAUCAAAAUCAAUCACAUUAGCAAUACAAAUUAUCACUUUCAAUAUUCAUUCAUGCCAUGCCUAAACCCUGAAAUCCCUCUGAUUCUCAAUGCACGCGACCAGAUGGUCAAUCUUCUAGAUACCUCCAUCUACACAUUUUUAUUCCAAAUAAAAUCUACGGUCCAGAUCAUUUUACUGUCCACAAAGUUUAUCGAGCCAAUUAAUUAGAGCAACCUUUAUUACUUAGUUCACAUGCAACACUAAAUAUUAGGACCUCCUUAGACCGUCCUCGUCUCAAACCAUCCCCAUAAAUAAAAAGCCACUUUCUAAAGCAACACUAUACAACCUUCUUACCUAUCUUUCUUUUUCAAUAUUCUCUUUCCAGUCACAGAACACAAAAAAACAUAGCAAUGUCUGGCUCCAGAAAGAAGCUUCUUCUGAACACUGUGUCGGUAAAACUAGGCUGUGGAAGUUGCAGAAGGCUAAAGCUGAGUCACAUAUUCCACCCAAAACCAAAACCUAGAAACUCCACUUACCAAAAACACAAACUUUACAAUAACCAUUCUUCCUCAGGUCCUUGGACUGAAGACAAAUAUGACAGUACCAGCACAACAAACACCACCAACACUGCCACAACAUUUUCUCCUUUGUACGUUGAUUCCUCAAACUUGUCUGAUUCAGAGACUUAUGCAAAGGACCAAAGAAGAGUUGGAGGUUUAGGCAGAGCUGGAGGAGAAGGUGUGGCUGUGGAGAAAGAUUCUGAAGACCCUUAUCUUGAUUUCAGGUCUUCAAUGCUUCAAAUGAUAUUGGAGAAUGAGAUAUACUCUAAAGAUGAUCUUAGAGAGCUUCUGAACUGCUUUCUUCAGCUGAAUGCACCGUAUCACCAUGGUGUUAUAGUUAGAGCUUUCACUGAGAUUUGGAAUGGGGUUUUCUCUAUGAGGUCUAGUUCAACCAAUGUCCACACUGCACGUACCCGUAAGCCACGUGAGUUUUAAAUACUCUCCAUGCGUGCAAGGUCUCUGUUAACCUUAACCAAGUAGUACUUGUUGUAAGAAUAGCUGCGCUAUGUGCUAUGUAUUUUAGGUUGAAUGUAGUCCAGCUAUAUCUAAUUAAGAGCUAUGCUAAUGAUAAUUAUGAUGUUGCUAACGUUGUAUUGUGCUGCACAUUUUGGUGACUAUCAUCAUCCAAAUGUAAAAAUGGAAAUUUGUUUGCCCCAUUUAGAAAACAAGAUUUUAAAUUACAUAUC